AUGGCAUUGGAUCCUAUUGUUCCCUCAAAUUCAAGCGCCAGGAGAUGGACAGACCGCAUAAGUAAUGCCCUGAAGAAAGAAGUUGUCAUUGACUUCAAUCUUAUCCCUCCCGUUUCUGUCCACAUUCCCAAAACACUAACUCACCACAAACCACAAGCCUAUACUCCUCAGCUCAUUGGCAUGGGACCUUAUCAUCAUUUAAGCCCAGAUCUAUAUCAAAUGGAAAGGUACAAACUUGCUGCCAUAAAGGACAUUCUUCAGCCUGCUCAAAUCCUCAAUUUCGAGCAUCUCUUGAUCGACAAACUUAUAGACAAUGACCUUGUUAUUUGUGCUUGUUAUAACCGGUUCAUGGACAUAGAUGAGGAGUCUUUAGCUUGGAUAGUAGCCAUAGAUGGUCUAUUCUUGCUUAACAUCCUCCGUUCAGCAUAUGGAAAUAAUGUGCAUGAUGAUAAUAAUAUUGAUGACACCAUUUUCACCCAAGACUUUAUGAUGCUUGAAAACCAAAUCCCCUUUGUUGCCAUGAAGCAAAUCAGAAAGUUUCUCUGUCUCUCUUCCCCUGAGGAUAGAGAAGACACUGAGUUAACUUCCAUUUUUAGGCGCUUCUGUGAAAUGCAUUCCCCACUUCCUUUGCCUAAGUACCAUAGAAAUAAUGCCAAAGAAACUCGGCCUCUUCAUUUGCUCGAUCUUAUGUAUCAUUUAAUCCUCGAUGAUCAUGUAGAUUUUGCUCCGGUUCCUAUUCAAAUGUCGUCUAUCAUUAUCAAACAUGAUGAUAAAGAUGAAGAAGAUGUUCAAGAUCAAGAUACGCAUGAAGACAUCAUUCACAACUUUGAAACAAUCUUGGAGGUGUUGGAGCCUAUAGGCCCAACAAACGUGCAAAAACUUCUAAAGUCCAUUAACCAGGUCAUGGGAAAUGCACCAUGGUCAACGAUUUCCGGUAAGGAAGGUCUCAGAUGUACCUUCGGCAUAGUCAGAUGCAGCCCCAUUCAUGAGGGUAUCAGUAGGAUUAAAUUUGAACAAGCUUCUUCAACUUUAUAUCUUCCUGUGAUAACCAUGAAUGCUGGAUCAGAAGUCAUAAUUAGAAACUUGAUGGUCUAUGAAGCUUCCAUGUUGAAAUCCAAGCUCGAAUUUGCUAGAUACAUCAAUCUAAUGAGUGGGACUGCAGAUACUACUAAGGAUGUGAGGCUGCUUAGGCAAGCUGGUGUUAUCAAAGGGGAUUUGACUGAUAAUGAAAUUGCCAUUUUGUUCAGUACCAUGCAUAGGUCAUUUGUGAGGUCUACUGGAAGUUCUAAUGUGGAGAUUGCCAUGGAGAAAGUCAACAAGUACUAUGACCAGAGGCUAAUCGUUAGGGCUCGUAGAGGAUUGAAGAAAAACAUCUAUGUUUCUUUCAAGUUCUUGCCUGUUGCUAUGUCAAUAUCCAUUCUCUUGCUGCUAAUAUUCCAGACAUUUUGCUCUAUGUAUGGCUGCCACAAUGUUUGGGGCAAUAGAGACUAG